GCCGGAAGUGAAACAGAAAAUCGUAACACGCGCGUUUAAGCAUUUUGACAGACGAAAACAUGCUUCCUUUAAUACGAAAUACAUCGAAGAUCAUCUGUCAGCAGUUACUCCGACCAGUAGGAUGUCGAUUUUACCGAGUCCCCAUCGUCAUAGAGAAAGGCGAAGGUGGAGAGAGAGCGUAUGACAUCUACUCUAGACUUCUAAUCAGCCGGAUAGUGUGCGUGUUUGGUCCGGUGACAGAAGACAUGGCAUCGGCCGUGGUGGCCCAGCUUCUCUUCCUUCAGUUCCAGAACUCCAAGGAACCAAUCCACAUGUACAUAAACUCUCCAGGAGGGAUCGUGACUCAGGGACUUGGGAUUUAUGAUACAAUGCAGUACAUCACCCCUCCUGUGGCGACCUGGUGCCUAGGGCAGGCCUGCAGUAUGGGCGCAUUUUUACUAGCGGCAGGUGCCCCAGGGAUGAGGAAGGCCCUUCCUAACUCCACUAUAAUGGUCCACCAGCCAUCAGGAGGUGCUGGGGGACAAGUGACAGACAUACAGAUUCAGGCAGAGCAUUUACAGAAAAUGAAACGGAGGCUGAAUGAAUUGUAUGUCCAUCACACAAAUAUGCCGUAUGAUGUUAUAGAACAAAUAAUGGAACGAGACAAGUACUUAACUCCUCAAGAAGCCAAAGAAUAUGGACUAAUAGAUCACGUACAGGAAUUAUCACAGGUCCCCAGCCUCUCGUCCGACUCCUAGCACUCCAGAACAGUUAUGUUUAAUGUGUUCCAUAUUCAUAUACAAAUAAAUGCAUUUACACUGUA